AUGUCUGGAAUGCUUAAACUCUUACGCUACAGACAACUGGGCAAAUCGGCUGAAGACGCGCCCACAGAGUGUGAGGCAGAAAUAGAGACAGACGAGCAAAAAUUUCCUACUCACCAAAAUCUCCAACGCUAUCGUGUAACUCGGUCCGUUCUGACCGAACCGGUUGCCAUGAUCAUCACCAAGUGGAGCCAGCCCGACAACAUGAGUCGACCACAUGCCCUCUUCACUCUGGGCCUCAUGUUUCUUGUCGUCUGUCAAGCUCAACGACUGCCUCAUUUCCAGCCGUCUCAGUUGCCAACCAGCCAUUCCAGAACUCUGUUCGGACGACCACCAAGCCCUUAUGGUCCACGGUACCACGGGCUGCCGGAACCGGUACAUUCAUCGGCAGAA